UAAUAACGCCCGAAUGAUGAGCUGCUGAGAGCAGGGUGGGCUUAGUCCACCGAUCUGGUGUUUAUAUUGUUUUUUAUUUCAAGCUAAAAACGGAGGAACAUGUGACAACCUAAUGAAUAGGUGUGAUAAAGUAAAUACAUUAGUAGGCUGCUCGAUGGGUUCAUCAGACGGACUGUCCCAGUUUUCGUGCUAAGUAUCCAGCACAAAGGAGAAGCUUUCCACAGGAAUGAGGCUAGAACUGGGAGGCCCAGUGUUGUUCAUCCUGAUUGCUGCUUAGAGAAGGGGCAGAGGCAUGGCCCUGCAGACGUCACCCUUUCCUAAUGGGUGUGUUGCAGGCCUCCAUGCUGUGGGAUGGGCAUUCAUCCUGCCUUGUUUCUGGUUUCUCGAUCGCCUAAUCGCUGUAUGCAAAUCCACCACCCUGGAGAAAAAGCAGCGACUGGAGCAGGAAUGCUACCUCCAACCCCUCAAGGUCUUCUUCGGCUCCAUUACCUUCUUCAUCCUUUUUCUUGCUACAGCCCCCUUGGCCUUCCUCGGGUUUCUGCUCUGGGCUCCUCUUCAGGCCUGCCGCAGACCCUUUUCCUACCACAGAGAGCCAACGUCCUCACCAGAGAAGGAGACACACCGGGGUUUUGAGCUGGUAGGAAAGGCAUCAUUCGGCUUUGCCUCAGCCAACUUGUGUCUUUUGCCUGAUAGCCUGGCUCGCUUUAACAACCUGGGGCACACCCAGCACAGGGCGGCCGCCAUUGGUCAGCGCAUUGUGCAAGGUGUGUGUCGACCCCACAUCCGCAUCUUUGUUGACUCCCCCAGCAGUUGCGGCACUCUCAGCCCCUCCAGCAGCAUACUCCCAGUUAACUCAUCUUCAUACGGGGCCACAGAUAGACAGGGCCAGCCCCCAGUGAGUCACCAUUCAGACUCCGCUGAAGGACAUGUUUCAAUCCCUAAGUCCAAUAGUCGUGUAGUUUGUGUGCCCUGUGAUGAUACAGAAGACCCCUUAUCUGACCAACCCUCUCCGCUCCUCAAUUCCAACCAGAACUCCAACCAGCAGGGCCGAAUGGGUCACCGUAGCGCUCCCCGAGCUUUGCUCUCCCAGGGUCUCCGCCAGCAGGAUGAUGUACCCUGGGAGGUGUCGUCUUUGUUUCCAGCCAAUGUGGAUAUACUGUGCCUAGAGGAGGUGUUUGAUAAGAGGGCUGCACAGAAGCUCACCCAAACACUAAGGCCCAUGUAUGGACACAUAUUGUAUGACAUUGGUGUUUAUGCCUGUCAGCCACCAUGCAAAUGCUCCUCUUUCAAGUUCUUCAACAGUGGUCUGUUCCUUGCCAGCCGAUUCCCAGUACUUGAGGCCCAGUACCACUGCUUUCCUAAUAGUCGUGGGGAAGACGCACUGGCUGCUAAGGGCCUCCUUUCUGCUAAGGUGCUAAUCGGGCAGAAUCCGAAACAGAAGAAAGUGGUUGGCUAUUUUAACUGCACACACCUUCAUGCACCAGAGGGUGAAGGGGAAAUUCGGUGUGAGCAGUUGAACAUGGUGACCAAGUGGAUUGGUGAUUUUCAAGCUGCCAACAGACAACCUGAUGAGGACAUUGUUUUUGAUGUGCUCUGUGGUGAUUUCAACUUUGACAACUGCUCACCUGAUGACAGCCUGGAACAGAGUCACUGUCUGUUUGAGGAAUACAAAGAUCCUUGCCGGGCAGGGCCUGGAAAAGAGAAGCCAUGGGUCAUUGGUACUCUACUGGAGCAGCCCACAUUGUAUGAAGAUGACAUAAACACCCCAGAGAAUCUACAAAGAACUUUGGAGAGAGAAGAGCUAAGAAAACAGUAUAUCUCCCCUCCUGUUCCUGCAGAGGGCCGUCCAUUGGUUUACCCUGAGACUGGUCAGCCAUGGAUCGGACGUCGGAUCGACUAUAUCCUGUACCGCGAAAACUCCAUUUCAAAACACUGCCGAACAGAAAUUGAAGAGGUGACCUUCAUAACCCAGUUGGCUGGCCUCACAGACCAUAUUCCGGUGGGCUUGAGACUGAAUGUAAUAAUGGACUCUGACUGUGUUGAUGAAUGAGGACUAAUGUGAGCGCAGCUUCACAACAAAACAAAGGGAACAAAGUGUACGAAAAUGUACAUUCCUGUGAUCCAUACAGGCAUUUUAAUGUUUCGUUUACAUACUUGAAUUUGUGAUUUCAGUGUACUGACCAAUGACUUUACCCCUCAGGUGGAAUUAAUAUGGGUUUCUUGAAAUUUUAUAAUGUAAACAAUUUUAUGCAUUAAGGCUUGUUUAGGCCAGAGAUAUUGAUUUUGUAAAACAAUAUAUUUUUAGAAUUUUUCAUUCUUACAUUUUUCCUACAGAAAUAAAUAACAAGAAUGAAUUUUA